GUCCGGAAGCGAGGGGGCGGGACUCGCGCCUGCGGCUGACGUCACGGCGUGCGGCGCUGCGUGACGGCGGCGCCGCGCGGGCGGGAGCGGGCGGUGGGGCAAGAUGGCGGCGGGGCCCAUCUCCGAGCGGAACCAGGAUGCGACGGUGUACGUCGGGGGGUUGGACGAGAAGGUCAGCGAGCCGCUGCUGUGGGAGCUCUUUCUCCAAGCCGGACCGGUGGUCAACACCCACAUGCCCAAGGAUCGAGUCACAGGCCAGCACCAAGGCUACGGGUUUGUGGAGUUCCUCAGCGAGGAGGACGCGGAUUAUGCCAUUAAGAUCAUGAACAUGAUCAAGUUGUACGGGAAGCCGAUCCGAGUCAACAAAGCCUCGGCCCACAACAAAAACCUGGACGUGGGGGCCAACAUCUUCAUAGGCAACCUGGACCCCGAAAUCGAUGAGAAGCUGUUGUACGACACCUUCAGCGCCUUCGGCGUCAUCCUGCAGACCCCCAAGAUCAUGCGAGACCCCGACACGGGCAACUCGAAGGGUUACGCCUUCAUCAACUUUGCCAGCUUUGAUGCCUCGGACGCUGCCAUCGAGGCCAUGAACGGACAAUACCUCUGUAACAGGCCCAUCACUGUUUCCUACGCCUUCAAAAAAGAUUCCAAAGGCGAGCGGCACGGCUCGGCCGCCGAGCGUCUCCUGGCAGCCCAGAACCCGCUCUCGCAGGCGGAUCGGCCCCAUCAGCUUUUCGCCGAUGCUCCUCCUCCUCCGUCUGUCCCGACGCCUGUUGUCACUUCCCUGGGACCUGGCGUCACCCCUCCGGGCCUCCCGCCCCCAGGAUCGUUCCCCCCGCCGGUGCCGCCUCCCGGAGCGAUGCCUCCCGGCAUGCCUCCUGCCAUGCCACCCCCACCCAUGCCGCCCGGCGCGGGUGCCCCCGGACCCCCCUCCGGGGCUGCACCCAGUGGGGGACACCCACCUCACCCGCACCCCUUCCCUCCGGGUGGGAUGCACCAUCCAGGAAUGCCUCCCAUGCAAGUGCAUCACGGACCGCCCGGGAUGGGCCAGCAUCACCCAGGACCACCGGGCUCCGGAGGCCAGCCUCCCCCACGGCCCCCGCCUGGCAUGCCGCACCCUGGACCCCCACCCAUGGGUAUGCCACCCCGAGGACCUCAUUUCGGGUCGCCCAUGGGUCACCCAGGCCCCAUGCCGCACCACGGGAUGCGCGGCCCGCCUCCGCUGAUGCCUCCUCACGGAUACAACGGUCCCCCUCGCCCCCCGCCGUACGGCUAUCAGAGAGUCCCCCUGCCCCCCCGGCCGGCGCAGAGACCCCCCGGGGUGCCGCCGCGUGGGCCCUUGAGGGGCCCCCUGCCCUAAAUGAGGUAGUGGCAACCCCCCCUCCCUGCUGGGGAUCCUCCUCUCUCUCUCCUCAAACGUUCGUUUCCCCUUGGGCUAACAUUCCCACACCCAAGAGGGGCGGUUGGGUCCAUCCCUCUCGCAGUCCCCCCCUCUCCCCAUCUUUUUCCCCAUUUCUUUUUAUAGUGUUAAUUUUGGUUACUUUUCCCCUCCUCCUCCCGUUUAUCUCGGCCUUGAAGAUUUUUCAAGGUACUUUUUAACAGGGUUGUUUUUUUGUUUUCUAUGUAAAGCAGCGAUCACCCAUUUACAAAUAAAACAUUUUAAGAACCAGGGGUUGUCCCUCUGAGAUCAGGA